AGUCAAUGCAGGGACCGCACCACACGAACGGCUCCGGUCCUGUCCGCUUGUGUGAGACUCGGUGUACGCGGUGUCCUUCAUGUCAGCGCGGCUGUUUAUACACUUAUACACAAAAGUGUGUGUGUCGUGACACGCAACGUGAGUCGUCACAGGUUGAAAGGAGCCUUAAAGGAGGAUGCUGGAGUCAAUCAAGGUGACAGAAAGACUCCACUGGCCAGAGGUAGAAAUGUCCAAAAAGUACAUCUUAAACUCUGCUGAAAACGCAGUGAGUCCAAGCCAAGUGUACCUGGAGAAGAUUUCAUCUGGUGUCCUCAAAGACCUUUGCAGCACCGGCUCCAGCAACUACAACGUCCUGCUGCAGAACGAUGAGAAGAAGAACCAAAAGCAGUCCUUGUGCAAGAGGCCAAGAACUUCAGUGAAAUGCGGCGCCGCAUCUAGCAGAAGGAACCGCCCGGUCGUGGCUCCUAAAAAGUUGCGUCCGCCCGAAAGUGUCGGUAGACCCGCGCAGACCAAUCGCGUUCUCCCAGGCAACUCCCAUCCCUCGAAACCAGCGAGGAACAUCGGCGUAGUGGGCAGCGCCGUGGGCCUAACCCCUCGCGCAGGUCCACAGCUGAGAAAAACGUGCCCCCCCGGCUCCCCCCGAACUAAACCGCCCGCGUUGCAGAAAGCAGCAACACCUCGGGAAGUGGAGAACGUCAGGAAGCUCUGCCUCCUCGCAGCCAUCAAGCCGUCUAAUGUUCAGAAGGAGAAGGCCACGUUUUUCAAGUCCGACUUCACCUACAAUCCACAGUUUGAGUACAGCAACCCAGUCCCACCGCUUGUCCUGGGACGCCACAACAGCGCCUCGGACCGCUUCCUGACACAGGCAGUGCGCAUCAUGGAGCUGGCCCUGCAGCGGUACGGCAGCUAUGAGAAGUUUGAGCAGGCGACCGGGGGCGACCUCCUCACCAAGAGUCGCGUGUGGCACGACAUCAAGAAGUACAUGGAGAAGGAAGGCUGCGUGGGGGAGAUCGUAGCCCAGGUGACCGACGACCUCCUGUCCAGAGCCUCCAUGACGGUGGUUAACAGCAGACCCACACUGACCAUCAACAUCUCCACAGCCAGAGAGCACUGGCUGGAAGGCAUGCUGCGGCACGAGAUCGGCACACAUUAUUUCCGUGGCAUCAACAACUGCCACCAGCCGUGGAGCAGCAGCGUGGGCAGGAAGAAGCACAACCUGAAGCCUGCGAACCCCACGGAGGAGGGCCUGGCCAGCAUCCACAGCGUCCUGUUCAGGAAAGACCCCACGCUGUGGCGCGCCGCCCUGCUCUACUACACCGUCUAUCAGGCCAGCCGCAUGUCCUUCUCUCAGCUCUUCCGCAGUCUGGGACGCUUCGUCCAGGACCCCAACACGCGCUGGGACUACUGCGUCCGAGCCAAGCGGGGCCAGGCCGACACCGCGCAGCCAGGCUGCUUCAGUAAAGACCAGGUCUACCUGGACGGUAUCCUGAAGAUCCUCAGGUACAGAGACAAGAUCGACUUCCCGCUGCUGUUGGCUCUGGGGAAGGUGAGGUAGCUCGACCAUCUCCUUCCGGCCGCAUUAGAACAUUUACUGAUGACCUAAGCGGCCGCUCCCUCGAAUGAUUGUCUGCGGAUGCAAACGAUUUUAUGAGAUGUCGUUCACCACCGAAGGGAAGCUGGCGGCAACUGCAACCUGCCUCUAGUUCCUCCCCUUUAACGAGUCAAUGCCUGAACUCAUAUGUCCCCCUCUGACAUCUUUCACAUGUAGCUUAAUGUUUGCUGAAACCGGACGCUGGCACCCCUCCCCUUCUUAAUAUCUACACAGCUUCCUCAGCUCCGACAUACGAUGAUGACAGUAGUUCAGUAUCAUCAAAAAGC